CCUGGUAGUCGCUUUUGAGCUUGCGCCUAGGAGAGCGUGCCAGGCUGUGUGCUGUUUCUGGUGGCUUCCUUGGCUUCUUAGAUUUUCUGAGGGAGCGCGACUGGGCAACUUUCAGGAAAGGAGACGAGACCCGGGCCCUGAGGAAAACCAGGCUGGGCCUCUGAAAAUCCGCAGUGAGAAGCGAUCGCAGAGGAUCUGCCUUGGAAGGCCCGCGGCUCGGUUCCUGAGAAGAUGCCUCAAGGGCAGCCUUUGCUUGCUGUGCAGGAGGCCCUGAGGAAGUGCUUCCCCGCGGUGGAGGAGCAGCAGGGCUUGUGGCAGGGCACCGUGCAGGACUGCCAGCCCCUGCUGAUCUCGCUCAGCAACCUGGCGGAGCAGAUGCAGGCCGCGCACCGCCUGCGCUUCGAGGAUGUGCCGGCGCUUCGGGCCUUCCCGAACGUGCAGGAGCGCCUCCGGCAACAGCAGCUGGCCUCUGGGGACAUCGUCCUGGACCAGCUAGCCCAAAGACUAGCCACCCUUCUUAAGGUGCGUGACACUGUCAGCAACCAUGUGGAGCAAGUGUUCCAGACUUAUGAGCAACACGCACACACAGUGGGUAUUGAUGCUGUCCUGCAGCCUUCAGCUGUGAGCCCUUCUGUGGCUGACAUGUUGGAACGGCUGCAAGAUAUCGAGAGACAUUAUCGGAAUUCGUACUUGAAGAGAAAGAACCUCCUCUCCUCAAUCCAUUGGGAAGACUUGGCAGGCAUCCAAGCAUUGCCCAAGGCCUGGGACCAAAUUUCAGAACACGAGCACCAGGACCUUGUACAAGAUACCCUAUUGACUGUUUCCUUCUUCCUGAAGGAGUAAGGAAACUGUAUGUUUAUCUGGCAGCCUGGAGCCCCACAAAUGAAGGCUGGUGUUGCCACAUUCUUCUAAAGAAACAGUGUAACAGCUUGGUGUGUUAAA